AUGCUCAUCCUUGGCCGCCCAGGGUGGUCGACGGCCGCGCCACGUCGUCCAACGCCAUCGCCCUACACCUCACGCGAGACCUUUGACAUGACGCAAUUGCUGCCGAUUGCGGACAGCAUUGUCGUCAGCGAUCGCAACAUACAACUCUCGCCUCUCCUACAGCUUCCCGGCGAAGUCCGUACUCUAAUAUUCACCUUUGUCCUAGGUGGCCACGACAUUCAACUCAACCACCGUAUGCGGAACUUUGAGAUCCGCCCCUAUCACACCGCGGCAUGUCUGUCCAGUGGCGGGCAAAGGUCCUUUUUGAAUCUCACUCUUGUCUCGCGCCAAAUUUAUAUCGAAACUGCCAUGUUGCCCUUCGUCGCCAACACCUGGGUCUUUAUAUCUGAUCCGGAAUUGUGUCAAAAGGGCCUUGCCCAGCGACUUUUGCCACAGCAAGCAAACGCCAUCACGACAGCGAAGUGUAAGCCUGAAACCAUCUUCUACGAGUUUCGCGAGGGGCCCAUAGAGAGCCGGCACUGUCUCAAGACGUUCGCACAUCUUCAGGGGUUGAUGUGCUUGAUCGUCGAUUUGCGGGAUGUACACUUGACUGCAGGUGAGAAGGAGUGCAUGUUGCAAAAAGUCGCAGCUGUGCAGGGGAAGAAGGACUUGAAGUUGGUUUGUGAGGGGAGCAUGCGUUUGGAAUACAUACACACGCGUCCGGUCAAAAGAUCAAGUAAAGUUGACCGCAUGGGCCCGACAACAAGAAAGGGUUGUGCUUCAAAGGAGUUACCUGCGCCUGGUUGUGUGCAUUUGGAUCGACAAAUUCAUGCAACACACGAGGCUUACGACGCGUAUACGAACCUGCACGUGGCUCUGACUCGACGUGCAGCUAGCCUCGCAGCUCACGUUCGAGUGCCCUCGCGCCUAAAUGGAGCUCUCUCAGAGUCUCCAUCUCCAUCACGAUUGGUUAUGAGACCUAGUUCGGACGACCUGUUACUGCUUCUUUUCCGGACCGCAUACCUGACGAUGAUUCUUGGAUUCGCAGCAUUCACCUCCCUCGGAUUCGCUCGACUGGGUACAGCCAUUGCCUUGGUUGCGACCGUCGUUGUCGCCAUUGGUUCCGAGACCGCGUUCAUGUUCAACAAGUGGGAACGUGAGAUCGCGCUCAAGAAUGACCGACAUAUGGUGUGA